AUGGCGCUCGACAACUUUUACCACAACAAAAUCGAAGCUCUCAAGCUGGAGAUCCUCCAAGGUCAAGCGGUGCUGCGCCGGUUAGAAGCACAACGGAAUGACUAUAACUCAAGAGUGCGGCUGCUGCGAGAAGAGCUGGGCCUGCUGCAACAGCCCGGCUCUUAUGUUGGCGAAGUCGUCAAGGUGAUGGGGACCAAGAAGGUGCUGGUAAAGGUACAUCCGGAAGGCAAAUAUGUUGUCGAUAUCGCCGACAGCGUCGACAUUGCCAAACUGACCGUCGGCAAGCGAGUCUCCCUUCUCUCCGAUUCGUACAAACUCGAAAAGAUACUCCCUUCAUCCGUCGAUCCUCUAGUUUCUCUGAUGAUGGUCGAAAAGGUUCCGGACAGCACAUACGACAUGAUCGGUGGACUCGAUCAACAAAUCAAAGAGAUCAAGGAAGUCAUCGAGCUGGGCCUGAACCACCCGGAACUCUUUGAAUCACUCGGAAUCGCUCAACCAAAGGGAGUCCUUCUCUAUGGCCCGCCAGGAACAGGCAAGACGCUCUUGGCGAGAGCCGUUGCGCAUCAUGCCGACUGCAAAUUCAUCAGAGUGUCCGGAUCUGAAUUGGUACAGAAAUACAUUGGUGAAGGGAGCAGAAUGGUGCGAGAACUUUUCGUCAUGGCAAGAGAACACGCACCCAGCAUCAUCUUCAUGGACGAAAUCGACAGCAUAGGCUCCAGCCGUAUAGAAGGAAGCGCCGGUGGAGACUCAGAGGUACAGCGGACCAUGUUGGAACUGCUGAACCAGCUAGAUGGCUUUGAACCGACCAAUAACAUAAAAGUCAUCAUGGCCACAAAUCGACUUGAUAUCUUGGAUCCUGCGCUCCUCCGACCAGGUCGCAUCGAUCGCAAGAUUGAGUUCCCACCGCCAACUGUCGAGGCAAGAGCCGAUAUUCUACGGAUUCACUCCCGGAGCAUGAACCUAACCAGAGGUAUUGACCUGACUAAGAUUGCAGAGAAAAUGAACGGUUGCUCCGGCGCAGAACUCAAGGGUGUGUGUACAGAGGCCGGCAUGUUCGCCUUGCGAGAAAGAAGAGUCCAUGUCACACAAGAAGAUUUUGACUUGGCAACGGCCAAAGUCCUGAACAAGCAUGAUGAUAAGGAGGUGUCACUGGGCAAGUUAUGGAAGUGA